ACAGUCACACUGGAGGCUUGGUGUAUGGUGAAACACAGGUGAAUUCAGCUUCCACGGUUGCAUUUUACAGCGGAAUGUUCACUCGAAGGGGGCAUGGAGACGUCAAGAAAUCUACACAGAAAGUUCUGGACCCAAAGAAGGAUGUACUGACCCGGCUCAAACACCUCCGGUCACUGUUAGAUAUCAUUGACAAGAGUGAACUGAAGGCGUUCUUCGAAAGCAACUGUUCUCAGAUUUAUUUUAUCUUCUAUGAAAAUUUCAUUACACUGGAAAGCAACUUAAAACAAAAAGGGAACAAAUCUCAAAGGGAGGAGCUGGACUCUAUCCUCUUUAUUUUUGAAAAAAUUCUACAACAUCUGCCUGAGAAAAUCUACAACCGAUGGCAGUUUCACAGUAUAGGUUCUAUUCUGAAAAAGCUUUUACACACUGGAAAUUCAUUCAAGAUCCGCUGUGAGGGGAUCCGUCUCUUCCUGCUGUGGCUGCAGGCCCUGAGGGACAACUGUGCUGAGGAGCAGUUCCUUAUCUUUGCCUGUCUGGUGCCAGGAUUCCCUGCUGUGCCCUCCUCCAGAGGGCCCUGCACCCUUGACACCAUCAUUUACAACCCCUUCUCCAACCCCCCUGAUGCCAAGGUGGUGCCUGAGGAGAUAACCCCGCUGGUUCCAGCUGUGGUAGGAGAAAAGGUUGCUGAUGACCAGACCUGUUACAUCCUCGAAACCCUGCUGAAGUACAUGGUCAUCCAGGCAUCCAGUUUAGAAUGGAGGAACAAAGAGAACCAGGACACAGGCUUCAGGUUUCUCUUCAGCCUUUUCAAGAAGUACUACCUUCCACAUCUAUUCCCCUCCUUCACCAAGCUUACAAAUCUCUACAAGCCUUUAUUAGACCUCCCCCACCACAGACCAAAACCCUUGUAUGUGCCAGUGACGCGGAACAAUGAGAGCACCUUCUGCACCAGGGACCAGUACCUGGCACCCCGUGUGGCCUUCAUCACCUGGCUGGUCACCUUCUUCCUGGAGAAGAAGUACGUCAGCAGUGCUGCUGCAGCGCAGAGCGCCAAGAACGGCACCGAGGUCAUCCCCAAACUCAUCCAGACUGUCACUGCAGGCAGUAGCAGCCAGGAGAAGGAGAAGGAUAAGACAUCAGAUGGGGAUACGAACGGGCCAGCGGGGGAGCCUGAGAAGAGCCACUCCAACAGCAGCACGCUGUCAGAUCGACGGCACAGCGACUCCAGUUUGUGUAGCAUUGAGGAAGAGCACCGCUAUGUCUAUGACAUGGUGCACGCCAUCCUGCUGUCCACCAGAGACAAUGUGAAUUUUGUCAAUGAGGUCUUCCACCAGGCCUUCCUACUGCCGUCUUGUGAGGCAUCAGCAACCAGGAAGGUGAUUAAAGUGUACAGGAAGUGGAUCUUGCAGGAGAAGCCCAGCUUCAUGACAGAGCCUGAGACAACUACCCAGAGAGAUGAAGUGGAUGAUCACUCUGAACAGAUACUCAGCACAGAGACUAACAACAUGCACGCACAGAUGGUAGAGAGUCACGGCCACAGACGGUCGUCCAGCUGGGGGAGGACUUACUCGUUCAGCAGCGCCAUCAGUCGUGGCUUUCUCACUGAGGAGCAGAACAGGGAUGUCAAGGCUGGUAUCCAGCCCACACUACAGGUUUUCCUGACCAACUCAUCCAAUGUGUUCCUGCUGGAGCCAUGCCAAGAUGUAGCUAAACUCCUGGAUAACCAGGUGGAGGUGUGCAAGGGUGUUCUCAGCAUCUACCGGCACAUGAUCAUGGAGCACACGAUGAAUACACAGACAUGGGAGCAGAUGCUGCAGGUACUACUGAGGAUCACAGAGGCAGUGAUGAAGAGGCCACAGGAAAACCAAAGAAAAGACAACUUUGCUGAAAGUUUGGCGUCAAUACUUUUUAGGACCAUCAUUGUGGCAUGGGUGCGAGCCAACCUGUGCGUGUUUAUCUCCCGGGAGCUAUGGGACGAGCUGCUGGCAGUGCUGUCCUCUCUUACCUGCUGGGAGGAGCUCGUGACAGAGUGGGCCAGCAUCAUGGACUCGCUGACGGCUGUGCUGGCACGCUCCGUUUAUGGCCUGGACAUGGCCAACCUGCCUCUGGACAAACUCAGCGAACAGAAGGAGAAGAAGCAGAGAGGACGUGGUGUGAUCCAGGAUUCCCAAAAGGCAGCAGCAGUGGCGCGUUCCUUCUCACUGAGUUGGAGGAACCAAGGGGAGCAGAGUGGGCCAGGAGUUCAGGAGCCCAUGAGGAUUCGCUCUGCCACUACGUCAGGAGCUCCUGGUGUAGAGAAAGCCCGUAACAACGUCCGACAGAAGGCAUCUGCUAAGCGAAGCCAGUCCAUCAGCAACUGUGUUCAUCUAUACGAGGCUUUGCCCGCUGCUAAAAGCGUUCCUAUGCUGCUCCACACUGUGAGCUCUUUCUUGCCUGGUAUCUCUUCUGGUAACUCUGCUUGCUCUCACAGACUCUCAGAUGUGGAGGAGUGUCAGCUGUCAGAAUGUGGAUUAGAGGAGGAGCUGGGAGGCGGGGAUAGCCCUCUUCCACGUAGCAGCAGCACCUCUGACAUCACCCAACAAAUGUCUGACACUUUACCAGCCCAGAAAAGAGAGUACUCCCCUACUUCCUGUGGCUCUGAUAGCAGGACGUCUGAAGGGAGGAGAGAGAGCAGCGAGCCACCGGUGAUCCUCAUCCGGCGGAGCAGCAGUCCAGCUGAGACAGAGUGCAAUGCUGAGGCACAGACGAACCACACGAGACCCAAGCUCAGAGAGAAAAGUGAGAGUAUAAGCAGUGAGACAUCCAACGGCUACCUCAAUGAAGCUGAGGUUACCUGGCAGGCCUUUGAUGAGGAAGCUGACACUCAGUCUACACAGUCAGCCCACAUGGACGUGACAACCGACCCCCAGAGCCAGGGGAGUCUGCUGCUCAGCCAUAAUGAGGCUCUAGCAGGUCCUGAGUCUGCCCUCCCUCCCCACUCUGCACCCCCGUCCUACCACCACCACAACCACUACCACUACCCCCAGAACCCGCCCGCCUCACCGGCCCUGCUGGUGCACACAGAGUGCCCGCGGGACUGCCCCCUGGACGACACCAUGCAUCAGUCUGUCUUACACAUGCCACACCACUUGGACAGUAGUGAGUGUCUGGCUGAUGAUGUCAGCAUAAUUGCGGGUGGGACUCUGACUGGUUGGCAUGCCGAUUCAGCCUUCGUCCUGUGGAGGAGGAUUUUGGGUAUCCUGGGGGAUGUCAACAGUAUCCGCUGCCCAAAAAUCCAUGCCAAGGUCUUCUCUUGUCUUUAUGAGCUCUGGCACAAGCUGGCCAAGAUUCGGGACAAUCUGGGGAUCAGUGUGGACAACCAGUCUUCUCCUCCCCAGCCUGCCUUCAUCCCUCCUCUUCGAAUGCUGGCUUCCUGGCUCUUUAGGGCCACCAUGCUGCCAGCUGAGUACAAGGCUGGCAAGCUGCAGGCCUACAAGCUGAUCUGUGAGAUGAUGACCCGGCACCAGGAUGUGCUCCCCAACAGUGAUUUCUUGGUGCACCUCUACCACAUCAUGCACAAGGGCAUCACCAGCGACGAUCAGGAUGUUUUGAGCACCAUCAUCCGUUCCUGCUCUCCUCGCUUCUUCUUCCUCGGCCUUCCGGGCUUCACCAUGCUCAUCGGAGAUUUCAUCACAGCCACCGCGUGCGUUCUCAGCUCCGACUCCCCGGAGGCUCCAAGGAUGGAGGCUCAGACACUCCUGGGCUCUCUUGUGUGUUUCCCCAACCUUUACCUUCAGAUUCCUGUGCUGCAGCGUGUUCCAGGCUCUGAUGAAAUUGUUAUGAACCAUGAGGAUAUCAAGGAUUAUCUGAUCAACAUCCUGCUGGAGACGGCAACUAAGGAAUACUGUGAAGGGGCCAGGUGCAUUGCUGUAUGCAGUCUGGGUCUGUGGGUGUGUGAGGAGCUGAUGCAGAAGAAUAUCCACCACCAGGUUAAAGAUGCCAUCAAUGUUCUGGGAGUAACGCUAAAGUUUGGGAACAAAGCAGUGGCUCAAGUGGCCUGUGACGUGUUUCAGCUGCUCAUCUCGCACUGGGAGCAUCUCCAGAGGUUGGAGCCCAGUCUGCCUAAGAAAAUCAUCGAGAUCUUUGUGGCCACAAUAGCCUUUUUGUUGCCGAGCGCAGAGCACUCAACAGUGGAAGCAGACAAAAAGUUGAUGGUGUCACUGCUGCUCUGCCUGUUGGACUGGUGCAUGGCUGUUCCCCUGAGUCUGCUGCUGGAACCAAUCACCAUGCCUUCACUGGAGGACCGCACAUCCCACAAGCCCCCGCUGCUGGACUACAUCUACAGGGUGCUGCACUGCUGCGUGUCCGGCUCCAACCUGCACACCCAACAGAGCCACUACCUCCUCAGCCUGUCAGACUUGUCCACUGACUACGACCUCAUGUUGGGUCAGGUUAAGAGCUUUGAGCCACCACCUUCCCAGACAAACACCACAGACUUCAGCAACCUGCUCACCGUAGCCGAGGAAAAGCGGCGUCGGAACAUGGAGCUGAUUCCGCUGACAGCACGGAUGGUCAUGACACACCUGGUGAACCAUCUGGGCCAUCAUCCCCUAAGCGGUGGCCCAGCCCUUCUCCAUAGCCUCGUGAGCGAGAACCACGACAACCCCUACGUUGAGUCGUCGGAGCUGUCCUCCGAAGUCUUCAAAAGCCCCAACCUGCAGCUGUUUGUCUUCAAUGACAGCACGCUGGUGUCUUACCUGCAGAUCCCUGCCGAGACUCCGACUGUUGGACAGCCCCCUCAACCUUCCUCCCAAGUGCGCGUCAUCGUCCGGGACAUCUCGGGGAAAUACUCGUGGGACGGCGCAAUACUCUACUGUACCACCCAGGAAGACUCCUUCGAUGCAGGAGUUUUUAGUGCAGUUGAUCGCCCUCUGUCUUCGACCACUACUGUCGCUCACAACAGAAACCAGCCCAGCUCUCCGACAAAGGGGCCGUACAAAAAUCAUUGUUCUGUCUCGGACUCCCUCUCUGACUGCUGUGAGGAGGAGGAGGUAGAUAUUCUGGAUACACUUUUAGAGGAGCUGGGCCACAGCAGCCCAGAAUGCCUUCCCCAGCCACAACUUAGGCUCAACCAGCCUGCCCCUUCACCCCACGGCAUGAACCUAGAGCAAGAGAGCUCCAUCCUGGAGGCCAUUCUGCGUCAGACUCAGCAGGAGGAAGAGCAAGUGAGGAGGUGGGAUGCUGAUGUAAGCUUUCGGGCCGCCUGCCAGAGGGAACCCUCCCACCAGGAACCAAAAGCUCCUUUCUACUUCUGCCGGCUGCUGCUUAAUGACCUUGGCAUGAACUCUUGGGACCGCAGGAAAAGUUUCCAUUUGUUGAAGAAGAACUCCAAACUCCUAAGGGAACUGAAGAACCUGGAUUCCAGGCAGUGUCGAGAGACACACAAAAUUGCUGUGUUCUACAUUGGAGAGGGCCAAGAGGACAAGUGCUCCAUCCUGUCUAACAGCGCAGGCAGCCAGGCCUAUGAAGACUUUGUGUCCGGACUGGGAUGGGAGGUGGACCUGGCCACACACUGCGGCUUUAUGGGUGGCCUCCAGAGGAACGGCAGCACGGGUCUAACUGCCCCUUACUAUGCUACCUCCACCGUGGAAGCCAUCUUCCACGUCUCCACUCGUAUGCCGUCUGAUUCUGACGACUCCCUCACCAAAAAGCUGCGUCACCUGGGAAAUGACGAGGUCCACAUAGUGUGGUCAGAGCACACACGGGAUUACCGACGUGGCAUCAUCCCAACCGACUUUGGAGACGUGCUGAUUAUCAUCUACCCGAUGAAGAACCACGUCUAUUUCAUCCAGAUCAUGAAGAAACCACAGGUUCCUUUCUUCGGGCCUCUGUUUAAUGGCGCCAUCAUCACUGGGACGCUGCUGCCAAGCUUGGUGCGGGCCACCUGUAUCAAUGCCAGCAGAGCUGUCAAGUCCCGGCUGACUCUCUACCAGAGCUUCUAUGAGGAGCGGGCGCUCUACCUGGAGGCCAUUGUCCAGAACCACAGAGAAGUCAUGACCUUUGAAGACUUUGCCUCACAGGUCUUCUCCCCUUCCCCUGGCUAUCCAAUGAGUGGGACAGGCUCCUUCACCGGCAGCGCGAGCACCGAAGCCGGGAACACCACAGGAACGAUGGACUCUGUCGACCAGGUUUCUCCCACAAUGCCCCGUGCCACAAAGAACAGAGUUUCCGGAAAACUCCGCCGAUCAGCCAGCGCUAUAAGCAAAUCCUCCAACUGAGCUCUUCAACCCUACAUCUUUCCCCCCCCCCUGAAUGCAGCCUUUAAUCUUUUCUUGAAGAACCUCACACACCCAGCCGUGACUGCAAGACUUUUUUUUUUUUUUUUUUUGCAUCUAUUGUUUUUCUUUAUUUCGUGUCAUAUAAACAUGUAACUGGAGCAUAUUGCAAUUUUUAAUUUAAGUGGCAAUCAUUGUUUUUGUUGAUACAUUUCCAUUUGUUGUGGUGUUUAACUGCUUAAUCGAGAUGGACGUGACUAAGCUAUUUAUGUUCACCCUGGUGGUUUCAGCUUACGAAUCAGCAGCAUAGGACGACUUUGACUGAGAAGUCUUAAAGCAACCUGCGAUAAAAAUGUAAUUUUUAUUCUCAUUUUCAAGCGCGGUCUCGAUGCACUAGAGAAAAAGUUCUUACUAUAGUAAGGGAAUGGGAGACUGCUUCACUCUGUUUCUAUAUCUCAUCUAUCUCAACACUUAAUGUGACAAAGCACUGAAUGACACAGCUGUAAAUGGCAUCAUGCUAAAGCUGCACAAGAGAUUGGUAUCCGUUUAUAAACGUGUCUGCCUUUUUACCUCCUCCUGCACCUGCCACAACCUUUCUGUGUCAAAGAUAACCACUUCAGUUGGUGACAGGAUGAUGUUGUCAUCCUGCUCGUUGGCACCAGUUUGGACCAUGUUCGUGGACCAUCUCCCUACACUGAAUAGACUGAUGCAUGGGGAAUACCUCCCCAGAAUGAUUUGUACUCACUGCACUACUACACAGACUUCCUGGGCACGGAGUCCCUGCAGUACGUGCAGCCAGAGGCUUUUAAUUGUUUUGAACCCAGAGUGGACAAUCAAUGACGUCUUUCUAACUUGAGCUGAGUAGAAAUUUGUUUGGGUUUUUUUUAUCACUCUAAUUUUCCUUUUUAAAUGAAUUCCGAUGGAUUGUGUCAUGAUUUGAUUUAUGCAACUCUGCUGGAAUGAGAAAAGACUGCGUUUGUAAUUGUUUUCUGAUGUCGUUAACAUAGGCUCAUGUCCGGUAAUUGAAUAAGUUCCUCCUGUCUCUUUCCUCUGCUAUCAGUUUCCCCUGUCCUGUGAAGCUAAGGCAUCGACAUUCCAACGUUCCCGACCAACAUUUUUUUUUUUGCACUCGCUGUCAUUGAUUUAACUAGCAUUGAAUGUUUCUCUUUGUUCUUGGAUGUAAAUUGCUUUAAAUUUUAUUUGUCUGUUUGCUAGAUGUAUAUAGAAAUGACUGUUUGAUUAAUUAUUUUUUUGCUGUUGUUGUUUUAUGUAUUCAUGUAUGUGCUGUUUAGAGGGAAAAAUACCACCAGAGCCUCAGGUGAAUCUUAACUCCAUGCACUGGUGUGUGUGAGUGUGUGUGUGUGUGUGUGUGUGUGUGUGUGUGUGUGUGUGUGUGUGUGUGUAUGUGCAUGUAUAAGUGUGUGAGUUUCAGAGGGAGCUUCUCACAGUGCCUGUGUAAUGUCUGUCCUCUAAGAUGCUGUCCAACACCACCUCUAGUCCCCAUAAUCAGAUUUUAGUUCCUCUUCUUCAUAGUCUGACACAAACCAUGGACACCCUGCAUCCCGUCCCCUCGUUAGCCGUCUAAACAAAGUGUUUUCCUCCCGUGUGUCUCUAAAGGUCAGAGUCUUGUGCUUCCCACAACAAACACAACAACAGAUGGAUUUGGAAAAUGUGGAGUUCUCUGGUUUGGUCUUUAUUACAGGUGGUGUGUGUGGUACCUCCUCUUUCCCAUGAUCCUCUCCCCCUCCUGAGGCCACAGAAGAGGCGGAGGCUGGUUGUGGGUUUUGUUUUUUUAACAUAGGUGGCAUGCCAGAGCUGAACUCUAACAGCCCUCCUAGCAACAGCCAGGCCGCAGCUCUCACUUCUCCAACCUGCACCGCUGUCAUGGUAGCCAGGUGUUCCCCACACACGCACACUAUACUCUCACACCCUCUGAGGGCUCCACCCAAGCUGCAACACUAUCCCCAUCUGUUGCACUACUAUGCCUUACUUUCCCCCCCAUGCUCUCCUGUCGUUUUUCUUCCUCUCCCUCGCAUGUCGCCUCCUUUUGUUUGCUCAUUCCCGAGCAGAAAACGGGGAAUCCAAACAGCAGGAGAAUUGACGGAUUUGUUCAGUUUUUUUUGAAGAAUGUAUAAAUAUAUAGGCCUGGAUCACAUCUACGGUUUUUAUUCCCCCCCCCCCCCCCCCCCCCCCCCCAGCCACUUGAAGGAACCGCCCAGGAUGCUGAUCUUAAAGAUUGUAGGCUAUAGAUGAUGUCUGUUGAAAGGGGUCUGUGCUCCCCCUUUGGUGGCUUAGUUGCUGGAGAUGUUAGUUUGGACCAAGAUAAGGAUUGUGUGUCUUAUAUACGUGAAGAAAACAAGCUAGUGUUAGCCCUAGUACGUUUCUUUUCUUUUUUCUUCUCGUUUUAAAAAUCCUUGUACAUUGUGUCAAAUUUGAGGGCUUGAGUGCCCUCUGAAUAUAAAUAUAUUAAUGCCUGUAAUAUAAUCUUUGUAUAAGAGAAAGAGGGAAAAAAAGCUUGAAGAUUUCAUCCUUACUUGUCAACAUAUCAAACUGUUUUUAACGACCGAAGUCCUGCUAUCUUUAUUAGAAAUGUGAAAAUUGAAACAUUUCAUUAAAUCAAUUUGAAAUUCUA